AUGUCCCAAGAUGGUAGUGAGAGCACUCCUUCUACAAAAACCUCACAGAACGGUGCCGAGCACCGCAGUGCCGACCAGUCAGCAGCAGCUGCUGCUGCGGCUAAACGGAAGUCGAGCAGGACGACGGGUGCGAAGAACUCGCUGCGUCGAGUAGCCAUCAUCGCGCAGCAACCUGGCGGUCGCGUGCCUGGUGCAUCGACCAGCACCACGCCCGAGGUAGAAGUCGAUGGGGCUACGUCAAUCUCGGCAAUUUGCGUGGCCGAGUCCUUCAAUAUGGAAAUGGUCAAGGAUAUACUACAGGCACAUGGGUUUCAGCUAGAUCCGGACGGAGCAGGCUUCGAGGCCGCUGAAGUGGUCCAUGCUCGUGGCUUCAGCAACGGAGACAUCUUUGUGUUUCCCUCUGGCACGGUUGUUACAUGGUCGCUGCCGCAGGAGGUCGUGACUCGACUCGCGACUCGGCAGCUGUUGAGGGCUGCGGAAGAUCCUCACGUGCGGCGAGCCGAGCUCGAGGACCUAGAGUAUGUCUCUGAUCCAAGCCGAGAUACGAGCGGCAUGAAGGGAGACGUAGUUGUUCUUGGCACAAAGAAGGAGGAGCGUGAAGGGGACAGGCUAGACACUACUCUAGCAAAGAUUGCGUUCUCAUCAGGUCUUGCGCGAAGUACGAAGCUCGCUGUUUUGGAGAGCUCACUUACCGCAUAUCUCGAAGAAACAAGGCGUAUUCCGGCACAGUUGUCCAAGGGGUCACGUAUGGCGCUUUCCAGGAAAUUCAUCUUGCAGAAGACAGGCGAACUCCUCAGUCUACGCGCACAGCUCAACCACUACUGGGAGCUCACCGACUCUUUACCUGAUAUCUUUUGGGACCAGUCUUCAGAACUUGGACUGGAAGGCUAUUACGACCAGGUCGGAAAGGCAUUAGACGUCAAUGUACGAAUCAAGGCAUUGAAUCAAAAGAUGGACUAUGCGCAAGAAAUCGCUAGUGUGCUGCGAGAGAUGUCCAGCGAAAAGCAUAAUACGCGCUUGGAGUGGAUCAUUAUCAUACUGAUCGCAGUUGAGGUCCUCUUUGAAUUGAGGAGAGUUUAUAUGGAUUAUAUGGAAACACGCGAAAAGCCACAUGUGGAAGAGACAGCUGAGCAUAAGCUGAAUUAUGACGAUCUGAGCUAG